GUCAACAGCUCUCAUCGAGAUCAAGCUAUUGCAUAAAAGGAUUCAUGCAAAGAAAAGCUUGUAUACAUGAAUGCUUGUUUGAUCAAAUAAAUUGCAGUAAAUUAUGGAUCUGUAAGGGUGGUGCUUGCUUUAAUUGCUUUCCAUUUCUUUAAGUGAAAGAGUAUAAUAUCCAGGCCAGGAUGAGCAAGGAAGAGAAGUCAUCCAAGAAGAGUGAGAGUAAAAUGAACAAGAAAAGAAAUCAUGGCAAGGCACAUUGCAAUCAUUUUGAGAAUGGCACAUCUGAACAAAUAAGUAGCAGAAAGUUUAAACAUAAGAAGCCAGGAAAACAUCUUAGGGUGGCUAGUGAUGACUUCUCUAUCAAGUUGCAUGAAAGAACGAGAUCACAAAUACCCUCAGCGGUCAACAGUCCUUCCAAGGGGCAUGCAACUCCACUCAGGAAAAGGGUUGAUCCAGAAACGGCGAAGUAUUUCUUAGAAAUUUCGAAUUUGUUUGAGAGCAAUGGGCUUGACUUGGAUGUACGCCCUACUGUAUGUGGCAAUGCCUUGGAAGAAACUAGGGGGAAAGAAGUUCAACUUGCUUCCGACAUGAUUAUAAGUCGAACCUUGCAAUGUCUUCUUGAAGGAUGUGAUUUGGAGAAGCUCUGUUCUUUUCUUAGAAGCAGUGCAGAGGACUUCCCUACUAUGGCUGUUGAUAAAUUUGGAUCUCAUGUUGCUGAAACUGCGCUGAAGUCUCUGGCCAUGCAUCUUCAAGAGGACCAAUCUUAUUCUAUGGUUGAAGAGACAUUGCAUAAGAUAUGCCAGGUAGUUGGUGCUGAUGCUGUCAAUAUAAUAUGCAAUAUUUAUGGAUCUCAUGUUCUUCGGAGUCUUCUUUGCUUGUGUAUGGGAGUCCCAUUAGGUGCUCUAGAAGAAUUUCAUGUCACAAAGCGAUCAUCUGUCCUUGCAGAGCGGCUUAAUUCUAAGCCAGGUCAACCUGGAGGCAGCGUUGUAAGGAAUCCUCAAAAUAGUUUUCCGGACACAUUUAAAUUUCUUGUCCAGGAAAUUCUGAAUAAUGCCAAAGAUGAGAUUUCAACUCUGAGAGCUGAAAAAUAUAGCAGUUUGGUCUUACAGAGUCUGCUGAAGCUAUUAGUGGUAGAUGAUCAGGUUCUUGUGCAUACGAUCAUGAUCCUUCUUGGCUGCCAAGAGGAGAAUUUUGUAGAGAACAAGUUCACUGAUGCUACAAAGCAAAAACUUAAAGGAGAGGUUCUAGGUAUGCUAGAAGAUACUGCUUCUAGUCAUCUAAUAGAGGUUAUUGUGGAGGUGGCACCAGAGGCUUUGUACAAUGAGUUGCUUGAUGUGAUUUUCAAAGGGUCUCUGCUGGAAAUAUCAUCUCACCAAUUUGGAAACUUCGUCGCGCAAGCUGUGAUUUCUUCGGCAAGAACCAAAGAACAAGCCAACCUAAUAUGGGAGGAACUAGGGCCAUAUUUAUGCCAACUGCUUGAGGCAGGGAAACCCGGUGUUGUUGCUUCCAUUCUAGCUACUUGCCAACGUCUACAAACCCAUGUUAAUGAGUUUUGCCAGGAACUUUCAGUGGCAGUUUGUCCAGAAGCUGAGUCACCCACCUGUAUUGUCCCACAUUUACUACACCUUGACAGCUACUUCAGAUAUAAGUCUCACUGGAAGUGGCCCUUGGGAGAUAAGAUGCAUGUAUUGGGCUGUUUAAUGCUGCAAAGCUUAUUUAAAAUUUCAAAUUCCGCAGUAAGGCUUUAUUUUGAGAGUUUAAGCUGUAUGGAAGCUGAUCACGUAUUGGAAACUGCAAAAGAUGUUAGAGGUGGCCGUGUUCUCGAGGCAUUUCUUUGUUCAGAAGCUCCCGUAAAGCAAAAACUCAAAGUUAUUGCUAAAUUGCAGGGUUUUUUUGGAGAGGUUUCAUUGCAUUCUUCUGGUUCAUUUACUGUUGAAAAGUGUUUUACUGCAAGCAAUAUCUCCAUGAGAGAGGCAAUAGCAGCAGAGCUUCUGAAUGUGCAGCCUGAGCUAUCCAUGACAAAGCAUGGUCCGUACUUGUUAAGGAAGCUAGAUAUUGAAGGGUUUGGUAGAAAUCCCGAACAGUGGAAAUCAAGCCAGGAGUCAAAAGAAACUACCUAUAGGGACUUCCUAGCUGCAUUUGGAGACAAAGACCAAGCUACGAUAGCGCCAGAAUUUUUGCCGAAGGAUUCCCAAAAGAAGCGUAGAAGGCAGGAAAAUAUAACUGGACAUAAUAAUUCAAGAAUAGAAAAUUAUUCAAGCCCAAUAACUCUUCGGUUUGGUAAGGAGGGACUUUCUUACGGUGGCAAGCAUGGCAACAAUAGAAAAAGCUCUUCGGGUUCCCAUGCUGUGAAGUUUCUAUCUGGAAGGAGUUUUGCAAGGAAUAGCAUUAAGCCAGCUAUGCAAUCCAACAAGACAAAAUCAUCAACUUCUGAGCUUGCCGAUCUGGCUCUUAAAUCCAAGCUUAGUUCAAGUGAUGUUCAGAAGCUCUUUGAUCCAAAAACUUUGGGGGACAAAAAACAGCAUGCGAUACCUUUCCUGAGGAAGCCUAAUAAGAGGUAAUGCUUCGUCAUUUUUGGUUAUGUUUCAAGUUAUUUAGCCAUUGCAACAGAAGCAGCAGUGAUGCAUCCUUAAUGUUUUUCUGCUGUAUUUGCCUUAUUUGAACUUUGUAUUCAUCUUGUUAAUGUUAAUUGAUCUCAUUAAUUCUUCAAUAGCAAGUGGUUGAGAUGAAACUUA